AUGAUGAACUGUUCCGGUUCAGCACUUAGUACCACAAACUACUCCGCCACCACUCUCGCCGGCACCGGCGCCGGCAGUUGUAUUCCUCUUCCUCAUCUCCGCCACUCCCGUCGCAUAUCCUCUUCUCCUCUUUUUCAAUUCCAAUUACGCGCCACGAGCACAAUUUCAUGUUCAUCAAGCACCGACAAACCUAACCUCCUCCGUCGAAUCCUCGAUUCCCCCGGCGUUCAUCAAGGUCCUGCAUGUUUCGACGCACUCAGUGCAAAUCUCGUUCAAUCCGCUGGUUUCCCGUUGUGUUUCACUAGCGGUUUUUCGAUAUCUGCUUCGCGAUUGGGAUUGCCGGAUACAGGCUAUUUGUCUUACGGUGAAAUGAUUGAUCAAGGGAAAUUGAUUACACAAGCGGUUGAUAUUCCUGUUAUUGGUGAUGGUGAUAAUGGUUAUGGGAAUGCUAUGAAUGUCAAGAGGACUGUUAAGGGUUUUGUUGCUGCUGGUUUUGCUGGAAUCAUUCUCGAAGAUCAGGUAUCACCGAAAGCGUGUGGUCACACACAAGGGAGGAAAGUGGUGUCGAGAGAAGAGGCGGUUAUGCGGAUCAAAGCAGCGGUUGAUGCUAGAAAUGAGAGUGGAUCUGAUAUUGUGAUUGUGGCUCGCACCGAUUCACGGCAAGCUUUGUCUCUUGAUGAGGCACUCUAUAGGUCAAGGGCAUUUGCUGAUGCUGGAGCUGAUGUUGUUUUUAUAGAUGCACUUGCCUCCAAACAAGAGAUGGAAGCUUUUUGUCAAGUUUCUCCCCUUGUCCCAAAAAUGGCCAAUAUGCUUGAAGGAGGAGGCAAAACACCAAUACUCACUCCUCUCGAACUUGAAGACAUCGGCUAUAAAAUUGUUGCCUAUCCCCUUUCUUUGAUUGGAGUAUCUAUCCGAGCAAUGCAGGAUUCACUCACUGCUAUUAAAGGAGGUCGUAUUCCUCCUCCAGGAAGCAUGCCAUCUUUUGAAGAAAUUAAGGAUAUCUUAGGUUUCAACAAAUAUUAUGAAGAAGAGAAACGAUAUGCUACAAGUACCGAUCGGCUUCUUUCAAAGAGAGAGAGCAGUAGCCUAUACAGUAAUGAACAGAGAGACCAAGCUGAUACAGAGCAGACAAGUCAAACUAUCAACGAUCCCAUUGUCGAAGUUAUAACACCUGAUGUGUACAAUAAAUAUGGUGCAGAUAGUUCAGGGAGCCCUUUUUCUGGAAUCUGGUCCCGGACUCUGAGAAUUAAAAUAACGGGCAGAGAUGGAGCCGAGAAACUUGAUCUUCGGAUUCCCGCUGGAUUUCUGGAUGGAAUCACAAACAUAGUUCCUGCUUUGGUAGGGGUAAACCUCAAAAAGCUAUUGGAUGAUGCAACAGAGGAAACCGGGGGAAAAGUGUUGGAUUUUAAUGACAGAAUGGGUGACAGGAUUCAAGUAUUCCUGGAGUAA